AUGAAAACAAAGGGAAUAAAACAUAAGAUCAAGUUUGUUGUAAAGAUUGACGAUAUUCAUGACUUUAAACAUCUUGAAGAAGAAGAGUCCAGUGAACUACACAAUAGUGAUUCCACUACUAUUGACAUUCUUCAAAUCCAUGAAAUUACAUUAUGGUCAUCACUUGAUAUCGAUCAUUUUACAAUUGAUAAGAAGCUUCAGCCUAUCAUUAAUGAUUUUGAAAAGUUAAUAUUUAAUGAAAAAAAAGAAAAGGAUUUAUUAGCUGCUACUAUUGAAGAUAUCAAGGAAAGUAUUGACUCUGCAUCUCAGUUAUUAGGCGUAUCUGUAGACUGUAUGGUCUAUUCUACUAUUGAUAAAGAUAAUCAUAUCGUUGUUUCACCUAUCAUUCGUAAUGAGUUUUAUGAUUUAAGGCCAACCUAUUCUAAAUAUAAAGCUUUAUCAGAGCUUAACUCUAGAUUAACUUAUGAGGUAGCCAUUAGAAAGCAACACUUGAAAACAUGGCUCUUUCAUAUUCAAAUACUAUGUAAACAAUUAUGUUUACCUUACAAGUUUAAGACAAUUCAAGCAACGUGUAUUAAACAGUUAAACACUUGUAUUCAAUCUAUUCAAUUUUAUUAUCAUUUGCUUCAAUAUAAUCCUCAAAAAGAGAAUUAUAUGUCGACUUUAAAUCCUCCUAGUGUCUACCAUCAAUACAUUCUAGCCACUUUAUUUGAAAAUCAUCCCUUAAAAUCAAGGAAUUCUAAAGUCAUUGAUAUUAAUACUUACUUGAAUGAUUUACCAAAUCCUAUCAACUACUACAUGCAACCAUGUAUUGCAGAUCAUCUUAAAAACGAUUUAGUUCGUCAAGACACAUUGAAUCAAUUCAGUCAACAUGUCACAAGUCUAAAAUCAUUAUAUGAAACAAGAUGCAGAUCGUAUCGAUAUUCAGUAAAUAAAAUAAAGGCUUUAUGGGAAGAAUUAGAGAUCCCGAUUGCGAAGAGAUCUGUUCUUCCCACCUUUUUAGGGAAAAAAAGUAUAUUAGUUAUUAAACAAAUAGUGGAUAAAGUUGAAUAUUUGAAAAGAAAACACUUUAAUGAAUAUUUUCAACAGCUUAUAUUAGAGUUAACUCCUUUAUGGGAUAGUUGUUUCAUUAUUGAGACGGAAAGAAAUGAGUUUAUAUCUACGCUGUAUAAAAAAAAUGUCAAAUCAGAGAUUAAAUUAGAAGUAGAACGUCAUAUGACAAGUCUUAAGCAAGUGCAACAUAUGGCAAAAGCCCUUCACUUAUUCAUUCAAAAGAGAAAGGAUUUAAUUCAGGAAAUGAUUGAUUUUGAAAAGACUGCAACUGAUCCCAAGAGACUCUUUAAGGCUUCCUUUCAAUUAAUAAAAGAAGAAAAAUGGCGAAAGUCUUGCUAUCCUCGCUUACUUCGAUUAAAUCGACAAUUGAUCAAAUCAAUUCAAGAAUUUGAACGAUUCACUGCAUGCAGAAGUGAAAGACAAAGAAGCGAAACAAACCUUUUUCGGCUCCUUGAAUAA